AUGACUAAUCCACUCUCUUCGACAAAGCUCGAUAAUACGAAAAUAAAAAUAGGAGUUCAUUGGAAAGAUUCACAUGGAAAACAUUCAGCCAGUCCUAGAUUACCGAAACUACUUGAACUCGAUCAAAAUAUUCCAUUGAGUACCUAUGUCAACAAUAUUUGCUUAGAAUGGGGUGUCGCUGAACCAGAUCAUUAUUCAUUAAGAUUCGAUGACUCACAUAAAUUUGUCACAGAACAAAAUCGACACUUGAUACCAACUGGACAAGUUUUUUAUCUGUCGUAUUCUUAUACUUAUGAAGUUCAAGACAUCAUGAAAUUAUUAUUCUCUCCAGAUCAAAACCAACGUUCAAAAGCAAUGGAUCGUUUAAAAUUAGCAUCCGUCGAUGCAACAUUUGUCAUCGAUUUUAUUCAACGAAAUGGAUUAAAUUUAUUGAUACAAUUGAUGAAUGAAAUGAAGAACAGUGACGAAUUUUUUUCUUAUACGCCCGAUUUAUUACGAUCAAUUUAUCAAAUAAUGACAAAUCAACAUCCAGUCAAUUGGGAUAAAAUUGAUUAUGUACAAAAUAUCCUAGAUAAAUUAAUUCCAUUGAUAAAUGGACCAGUUUGUUUGCAUUCAUCUAUCAUAUGUCCAUCGAUAAUGAUUUUACAUUCAAUUAUUGCUAGUCGUUCUUAUCAUACUGAACGUGCUUUACAAGAACUACAAGUAAAAUCAUUGUUUGAAUAUUGUGGAAAAUUGUAUGAUACUGAAACUCAAUAUUAUGCAUUAAGUUUAAUUAAUCUGCUCAUGUCAAAAGGAGAUCAAUCUAUGCGUAGUUCUGUCGUUAAACUUAUGUCAAAUUCAGUAUUAUGUAAUUCUUUUAAAGAAUUAGUCGAAAUGAUCGUUAGUUAUAAUAUCAACAAUGACGAAGUUUCUCCAGGAUUGGAAUUAAUGAUUCAAUCAAUUAAGAAAUCUGUUGAAAUGAUAAAUAAAAUUCAGAGAUGUGCAUUUGAUAAUGAUUCAACCACAGCUCACUGCACUACUAGUCCAAAUCAGCAGCAUGAUCUAAAUAACAAUGGUAACAAUAAUAAUAAUACCGAUAAUGUUCGACGAUCUGAAGCUCUUCAACGAAAUUACGAAAGACUAGGUUUUCAGAACUUGAAAGAACCCAUUAAAGAUUUUCAAGUUGUUCCACCAGGUAUACUAUCAUUAGAGAAUCUUAAUUAUUUUUGUACUAGUCAAAAGAAUGAUUUUAUUCGAUUUGUUCUGGAAAAUUCUUGUAAAACAGUCGAAAAUCAAUGUCCAUUAAUUCGAUCAGCAGUUGUUGUAACAAAAAUUCUAUGUGAAUUAUUUCGUAUUGGCGUUGAUCCUGCUGAAGAUCAAACAAUUGAAGAUUAUUUUCUUCUGUUCUAUACAAUACCAAUAUUUUUUGAACAAUGUUUUGUUAAAUGUACAUUAUUAUUCAAUAAAACAUGGAAAGAAAUGAGAGCAAAACAAUCAGACUUUGAUAUAGUUGUACCUAUUAUAAAAGAACAAAUAUUCAAUAGUUUAUCGGAUGUUACACUCAAUGUGAAUGAGCAAAGAAAUAUUAGUGCUAUCAAAAAAGUAUUACCAUCCUAUUUUCCAGCAAUGGUCUUAUCAUCUCCUCCACUAUCUCCCACGUCGCCAACCAUGUAUAUUUCAUCAUUAUCCACAAUUCCAUCGAUUACAGCUCAACGUUUUACAUUUGAAUUCUUUUGUGAUCGAUUAAAUUUUUUUAAUUACAAAGAAAUAUCAAAACGUUUUGACGAAAACGAAUUACAAUGUGAAAAAGUCCUAAUGAAAUUACCUGUUGUUGAAACGUUGAAAGAACAUUUACGACCACAUAUUGAAUUAUUAACACGUCAAAAUCGAUUAAAAAUAAUGAAAAAAGGACAAAUUUUCAUGACAUAUGAAAAUCGUACGGGAGUGAAAAAAAUCAAAAAUCGUUUAAUGUAUUGGCAACUCUUGAAAAAUGAAAAAGGUGUUCAGUGUAGUGAAGCAGGAGGAACGUUGACGAAAGGUUCACGUGAUGGUAAUACUACAAUAAAUGGUACUCUAACGAGAACAACAAUUUUGAUUGAAAAUAUCAGAGUUGUGCAGUGUAAUAUGGAUCAAAAUAAUACACAUGAUCGAACAGCAAAAAUGAAUAGACAUAGUAAUUCUCAUGUUACAAUUACAAUAUUUACUCAAAAUGAUAUUAAUUAUACAUUAUAUGCUGAAAAUGAGUAUGAUAUGUACUGUUGGAGCGAUGGAUUUAAUAUUUUAUUAAAUAGACAUAUGGAAAGUUUCUACGCCAAAGAAGAUAUGGAAUCUCUUUUAAAUUUACAAUGUCAACUACAAAUGUUAGAAUUAGACAUCAAUUCUAUUACAUUACCAGAACAAUCUUUGGCAAAGCCAAGUCGACUGCCUCCAUCACGUUCAUUAACGACAUCGACCAAAAUAUUGUUUUUGUUUAAAAUAUAUUCCUGUAUGGACCAAGUGGAAACAAUGGAUUUAACAAUGGAUUUAAGUAUGCGCAGUCAAAAACAACCACAUCAUUCUCAAUCACAACCACAAACUCGUCCAAUAUUAAAUCCAAUGGCUGCUGGUAGAAAUUUGCCGACAGUUUCAAUUGGAAUUGGUCAACCAUUAGCUCCUCCACUACCACCACCGCCACCACCACCACCAAAACAACAAUCUCAGCAACAACAACAAUAUUCUACACCAACAUCAACUCGCGUUUUAUCUCAAAGUAAAUACGCUCAAUUAUUAAAUGUUAUUGAAGAAAUGGGUAAAGAUAUUAAACCAACAUAUGCGGGAAAUAAAAAUUCAGCUGAACGUUUACGACGAGCUAUUGCAUCUGCUCGGGUACUCGUACGAGAGUGUCAAUUAGAAUGUGAUAGAAAUAGUAGACCAUAA